UUACUUAUCUGAUAUUAUCCUUGUUUCCUCCGAAGUUUUUCUCUUCAGAAUUUGAAUGAAUAUGUGCUAAUCACGUGCACAAUUUUGCACCUUGUGAUUAUCCCGGCUGUCAGUGUGAUAAUUCAUGCCCAUGUAUACAAGCAUAAAACUUCUGCGAGAAGUUUUAUCAGUGCAGCAACGAAUGCCAGAACAGAUUUCCUGAGUGUAGGCGCAAUGCAAUACAAAGCAGUGUCCUUGUUAUCUGGCUGUCAGGGAAUGAGAUCCGGAUCUUUGCCAAACGUAUGGUGCAGAUCAUUUCCAGAUCAAUUCUAAAUCUUGCAAAAAUGUCAGCGUGCAACGUGGUCUUUUUUGAAAGAUCAGCAGCGAAGAAUGAAUUCAUCUCGGAAUAUUGCGGCGAAAUUAUCAGUCAAGACGAAGCUGACAAGAGAGGAAAAGUAUAUGAUGAAUAUAUGUGUAGUUUCCUUUUUAAUCUUAACAAUGAUUUUGUUGUAGACACGACACGGAAAGGGAAUAAAAUAAAGUUCGCUAAUCACUCGAUAAAUCCAAAUUGUUAUGCGAAAGUGAUGAUGGUGAACAGUGAUCAUAGAAUAGGUAUUUUUGCUAAGAGAGCGAUUUAACCUGGUGAAGAAUUAUUUUUUGACUAUAGGUAUGUCGCU